UCUUCUCUUUUCUAUUCACUGCAAAAUUGUAUCAGUACCUUCCAAACCCUAUAGCUAAAAAUUGUUAUGUUUUAAAUAUUUUUUUUAAGGACCAAAGAUUUUAUUGUAAUUGCAAAUUGUUGUUGUUUAUUUAUUUGGUUAAUAAGAAUAAAAAUUUGAGAUGAGGCGCUUGGUUUUGUUUUGGCAAGCCAUGUCAAUAUAGAGAGAGAGACACACACCGUCGGCCCCCCUUCCACUUUGCCAGUCUAGCUUUCUGCGCAGAAUUCCUCUUCUUUCUCAAACAACUUUUCUAUAAUAAGCUUUCCUUCUUCAAUCCCAUCUUAUUAAGGCCAUUUUCCUUCCUUUUCCUUCACAACCAAAAUUACCUUAAUCAAUUCCUUAGAAUGUGGGAACCAUAUUUUAUUAUUUACCCUCCCUCUCUCUCAAAUGCUGGGUAAAAAGUGUCGUACCAGAUUCUUUGCUUUUUCAACCCUAGCUUUGAAUCAUCCCACCACCCUCCAAAUUCUCUGUUUCGGCUCAAUCUCUACACAUAUUCAAAGAAUCUCACAUCACUGCAAUUGUAAUUGAAUUGGAUCUUUCAGUGGAUUAGGCAUUGCGCUGAGUUUGGUUUUUGGUUUCAUUCUAAUGGGGUUUGUUGCAGAGCUUUGUUAUCUGCUAUGGCGGAAGAAGAGAUCAGUGCGUUCACGCAGCGCCAAAAUCGAAAAUCUGGAGAAAUUCUCGUUUCCCCUGUGUUGGAAGAAUUCGGAUUCUGUCGGCGGCGGCAGCAGCAGAGAGCUUACGAAUUCAAUCAGAAGCCAGUUCGAACAAGAAGACGUCGAAGCAGGGCUGAACAAAUCGGAUUCGGAGGCGAAGGGUUACGGCGAGGAAGGGGUGGAAUCGGAGUUGAUGAGAUUGCACAACCUGUGCGGACCGCCGCGAUUCCUGUUCACGAUCAAAGAGGAAAGCAGCAGGGAGGAUUUGGAAUCGGAGGAUGGGAAAUCGAGAAUCAGCAACAGCAUGAGCUUCGGCAUCGGCAGCCCUAUCCCGUCGCCGGCGUUUAGGGCUUCCAAUUUGUGGACCGGCGAGGCGAUGACGGAGGCGGAGCUGAACAGAUUGCGAUCCUCGCCGCCUCCGACGUUCAAGUUCUUAAAGGAUGCAGAGGAUAAAUUUAUGAGGAAGCAGGAAGCGGAGAGGAGGAGUAGUAGUCAAGAGAAGGAAGUCGAUGAUGUUCCUUUUGUUAAGCUUAGCAAAGCGGCGGCGGUGCAGGUGAUGCCGCUGCCGAUAAAUCCCUAGAUUGCAAUCAUUUAGGUUUCUAUUCAUUCCAGUUUUUUUGUUUUUUUCCUCUUGUAUAGGUUGAUUGAUUGGAAUUACUACUAAUUUUGGUUUCAUUUAGUGGGUGUUCGGUUGUCAAGAUUAAAUUGAUUAAAUAUGUAUCAUGUUUGGUUCAUAAGAUUGAACUCUUCAACUUAAUCCUAGAUGGAUAGUUUCAUGAUAA